AUGAAGGAAGCUGAAGGAGACGUCCAGCGGGACGGCCCGCGAAGGCUUAUAAAUUAUGCGGUACGGGAUUGGGUAACCAUUCGGAAGACCGCAGCCCGCGUGGGACAGGCCCGCCGUGAUCCGCUCGACGAUGAGCCCGCUGCGUCGUCUGUCUUUCUUGUUUCUCUUGGAGGAGAUCGAUUUGAAAGAAGAAGAAAGAAGAUGACAACUCCGCAAGUGAAGACAGGUUUGUUCGUUGGGUUGAACAAGGGACAUGUUGUCACCAGACGCGAGUUGGCUCCUCGUCCUCGUGCUCGCAAAGGACAAACGAGCAAGAGGACACUCUUUAUCAGAUCAUUGAUAAGGGAAGUUGCCGGUUUUGCUCCCUACGAGAAGAGAAUCACUGAGCUUCUAAAGGUUGGUAAAGACAAGCGUGCUCUUAAGGUGGCUAAGCGAAAGUUGGGAACCCACAAGAGAGCCAAGAGGAAGAGAGAGGAAAUGUCUAGCGUUCUCCGCAAGAUGAGGUCUGGUGGUGGUGGUGGUGCUACUGAGAAGAAGAAGUGAGCAGCAUUUCUCUCAUAAUCAAGCUACUCGUAUUAAGAUUUAGAGUUUGUGAUUUUAAGAGAACUUUGUCCUUGACUGGAGAUUAUGCGUUGAAACUUUUAUUAUUUUAUCUUUGUCUUUUUUUUAUCUAUCACCUCUGAAUUGAAAUACUAAAAUGAAGAAAUUACCUCAUAACCAUAAAUGUAAAAUGUUC